UAUGUGCAUUCUGUCGCACGCGGUUGCAUGCGCAGCAAGCAUAUCUCCGUCCUAAAUUAAUUCAUAGUUGGGCGUGGCCAAGAGAUUAAACGUCAUUCAGGUCGGCUUUCUUUUUCCAGAUCGACACACUUUCUGGCCAAUGACAUUUAAGCAAAUGGAUGCGAGGAUUUUACCAUUGUAUGGCUGUGUGUGUGUGUUCUGUGACAAGUUGAAAAUGGCGGUCUUCGGUGAACCGUCCUAACUUUAUCGCACAAUAACAAAGAUAACAAAUGAGAAUAGGAAGAUUAUUGAAGAUUAAUUCCACUCUGUUUUGGAAAUGCAAGAAGGUGGCUGGUUAAGUCGCAGAGGUGUUUACAAAUAACCACACUCCAUGAGCCGCAACUGAUCAUGGAAGACUCACAUACUCGAUACAGCAAGCGCCUGCGCACAGGUACACGGCGUCGUUACCAAGACGAUGGGAUUUCUGAUGAUGAGAUUGAUGGGAAGAGAACCUUUGAUCUGGAGGAGAAGCUCCAUUGUGACCGGUUCGAUAUUGACCUCGUGAAGUACAUGGAAGGCAAAGACUUCACCUUCGAAUACAUCCAAAGAGAAGGUCUGCGGGAGCCCCUGGUCUUUGUCAAGUCAGAUGGUCUUGGUAUCCAAAUGCCAGAUCCAGAUUUCAGCGUGAGCGAUGUCAAGCUGUUUGUUGGAAGUCGUCGAAUGAUCGACGUGAUGGAUGUGACCACUCAGAAGGGCAUCGAGAUGUCCAUGGGCCAGUGGAGGCGCUACUUUGAGACGCCGCCCUCCCAGAGGGAGAAGCUUUACAACGUCAUCAGCCUGGAGUUCAGUCAUACCAAACUGGAGAACCUGGUGAAGAGGCCUGCCUCGGUGGAUGUGAUUGACUGGGUGGACAACAUGUGGCCGCGACACCUGAAGGAGAGGCAGAGGGAUUCCACAAACUCCAUCACGGACAUGCAGUACCCAAAAGUGCAAAAAUAUUGCUUAAUGAGUGUGGAGGGCUCGUUCACCGACUUCCACGUCGACUUUGGUGGCACAUCCGUUUGGUAUCACAUCUUGCGUGGAGGGAAGGUAUUCUGGCUCAUCCCGCCCACCCCUCAAAACCUGGAGCUGUAUGAGAAUUGGGUGCUCUCGGGGAAGCAAGGGGACAUCUUUCUGGGGGACAAAGCUAUUCAGUGUCAGCGCCUCGAGCUGAAGCAGGGAUACACCUUUAUGAUUCCCUCAGGAUGGAUUCAUGCCGUGUACACUCCGGUCGAUACGUUGGUGUUUGGGGGAAACUUCUUGCACAGCUUCAACAUUCCCAUGCAGCUCAACAUCUACAACAUUGAGGACAGGACAAGGGUGCCGGCUAAGUUCCGGUAUCCUUUCUACUAUGAGAUGUGUUGGUACGUGCUGGAGAGGUACCUCUACUGCCUGACCAACACCUCGCACCUCACCCCAGAAUUCCAGAAGCACUCACUUGGUGUUGGCCUGAGACGAGAGGACUACCGUGAGGAGCAGAAAGAGAACUGUGAUGCCAAAGCCACGAGUGAUGAAGAUGAAGAAACGAAAGAGGAAGAAGAUGAGGAGGAGGGGAAGAUGGAGGAGGAGGAGGAAGAGGCACCAUCGUCUCCUCCACCGGCCCAGUCUGCGCACCUGACUCCUCUGGAGCUGGAGGGUCUCUGGCACCUGCUGACAAAGCUGGAGGAGUUGCCGUCCCACAAGAAGUGUGUUCCCAGCGGCAUCCGCAACGCCCCGGCUCUGCUCAGUGACAUCAGGAGACUGCUUGAGGAACAUGCUGGUGAUGAGCCCAAAUUGUCCUACACUGGAAACCCUAUUGUGAAAUGGCCCAAACGGCCCUCGUGGUAUCGCCCCCCAACCCCUCCCCCUGCGGUGGUGUACCGGCCGCGGCCACUGGGAGCGACGGCGCUGAAGCCCACGGGCCCACGGGCACCACCCCGGCGGGCCAAUGACGCGCUGCGGCGGAGACGUGUGCGCUGCAAGCGCUGCGCGGCGUGCUUGCGGACUGAGUGUGGCGACUGCAUCUUCUGCCACGACAUGAAGAAGUUUGGCGGCCCCGGGCGCCUCAAGCAGACCUGCCUGCGGCGACAGUGUCUCGCUCCGGGCCUGCCCACCUCGGCCGUGUGUGCGGUGUGUGGUGAGGGCAACCCACCAGGCGAGAACACCACCCCAACACUGAUGGAGUGCUCCACCUGUGCCAAGAUCACACACGCUGAAUGUGUCAAGGGACCGGUAGAGGGUGUGAUCAACCAGGAGCUGCCAAACUCCUGGAAGUGUCCCAAAUGUGUUCAGGCGAAAACGGAGUCGGCCAACAGCAGCAGUGACGAGGACAAGAAUGGUGACGUCCUGGGCGCUCGGGUGUCAUCUCAACCACCAGCCAAGCGUGCCCAUCGAGAGGGCAUCGGAGUACGCGGGAUGCGUGAGGGACGCCGGGGCGGGCGCACGCUCACCCCAUCCCGACGCCUGCUGCCACCCUCACAGAGGCUGUUGCUACAACAACAACAGAACAGGAAGAGGGCCGGAGCGCUGGAGCUACAACUCACGAAGAGGAUUAAAUCGGAACGAAGUAAGAUCUUGCAAUCGCUUCUGCACCAACGCAGUGAGGAACGAGGGGGCAAAACUUCAUCCAGCAACGGUGCCUCCCGAGACGGGGGCGCGGCUGCUACCAUGUCGAGCUCCAGCCGCCCCACAACAGGUUUAGGCAGGGGGAGAGGCCGAGGCGUGCGGUUCAGGGGAGGAGGGAGAGGAGGAGGAGGAGGAAGAAGCCGUGAGGAAGUACGGAGUGGGAGAAUGGACAGAGAUGACACGGGCGACGAAAGCGAGGACAAGGACGACACAGAAGAGGAAGAACGCAAGGAGAAUCGGCCACAGCAGCGAGCCAGGCGAGCUACGGAGCAGUCGCACAGCGAGGACGAGGAGGAGGACGAUAACGACAGUGAGGAUGACAGCGAUGAGGAGGAGCAGAGGAACGGGAACGGCACAGCGGAGAGGGAAGAAGCACGGGAGGCGUCCGAGGAUGAGGGAGAGGAGGAGGAGGGCAGGAGAGCGAUGUUGUCUGGCACGGGUAUGGUCCUGGGCAAAGAGGCGCGGAACCGCAGCUCCUGCCUCACUGUGAAGCUCCAUCCGCCAUCCCGGGGACACCGCGACCCCAACGCCAUCGUCCCCAAGCUGGAGGCGGCCAUCUCACAUCACCGCGGAUCUCCCCGUGGCGGUCGUCACGACUCCCUUCUCCGUCCUCCUCUACGCAACGGCUCCUCCCAUUCUGCUACACAGCCUCCGUCACGGUCAGAAAAGACAUCGCUAACCACCAACCCUUCCCGUAAAGACAGCAUGGGGCAAGGUCCCCGAAAUUCCCACUCCCUGUCUUCCACUUCUAAGGCAAUAAGGCACCAUGUGUCUCCUCGAAACGGCACUGGCUCAAGCUUGGAGAAGGAGGUGUGGUUAGCUGUGUUUCGCUACCUGAGGCAGGCCGAGCUUUGUGUCUGCAUGGCUGUCUGCAAGAGCUGGUACAAGUGGGCUUGCGACAAGCGUUUCUGGUCGAAAAUGGACUUGAGCCGGUGCAGCGCCAUCAGCCCUCAGACGCUCUCAGGCAUCAUCAAGCGGCAGCCGGUCGUCCUGGACAUCUCCUGGACCACCAUCUCCAAGAAGCAGCUGACCUGGCUCAUCAACAGACUACCAGGAUUAAAAGAGCUUGUGUUAUCGGGUUGCUCGUGGGCGUCUGUCUCUGCUCUGAGCUCGUCCACAUCGCACCCCCUGCUUCGCUCCCUGGACCUGAGCUGGGCGGCUGGCGUCCAAGACGCCGAGAUCAAAGCGUUGCUAACUCCAACGGGCUCUAGUAACCGUUCCCACCUGCGUGAGUUGCGGUGUCUGCGGCUGUGUGGCCUGGAGAUCAGCGAGGCCACCCUCCGCCUUGUCAUUCGCCACGCGCCCCUGCUGACGCGGUUGGAGCUCUCCCAUAGCCCGCUGUCCGACCAAGCCAUCAACCUGCUGACAGCCGUCGGAUCAUCCACCCGGAACACGCUCUCACACCUCAACCUCGCAGGAUGCACCCAGUUAACAGAUCGCUGCCUGGCCCACUUGAAGCGGCUGAUGUGCUUGCGUCUGCUGGAUCUCCGUGACUGCAAGGGAGUGUCCCGCCAGGCCUGCGAGACCUUUAUAUCUGAACUUUCUGUUAAUGCACUCUACUGCCUAUCCGAUGACAAACUUAUCCAGAGGAUAUCCUAAAGAACAAACUCUCCAGCUUGGCGGAGGAUGAGGACUGUUGAAGGCAUUUGGUGUUGAGUCGUCAGAAGGUGGUUCACUGGGGGAUGGGGGUGUAUGUUUGAUUUUGCACAGAGUUUGUAUAAAGUAAAAGAAAAAGUACUAUUACAGAUGUAGUUCCAAUACUAGUGGUAUGAUAUUACAUGUUUUCAGCUGUUGUAACAUCAUACUACUAGUGUUGUAAUUACAUCUCUUAAGAGUAUGUCUACUUUAUACAACUCUGAUUUUGCAUGUUAUGUUUGUUGGUGUGUUUGUCUGCUCCUCUGUGUGACAGAGGAGGCCAAAAGUAGUCUGAGGAAGCGAAAGCGAGGCUUAAAGCUUUUUUGGGUGGGAGACAGAACUCUUUGGACACUUCCAGGGGGGUUACGUUUGGGAUGGCAGGCGUGAGGUGCUGUAUAAAAAAAUAACAAACUUAACUAAAGACUCAGGAGAGAUUGAGUGAGGUAGUGUGUGUGGCUAGACAAAAAAAAAAAAACAGAUGAAGGGGAGGGGUAAACAAACUCAUGACUGGUGGCUCAGGAGGGGUGUGUGUUGGGAUUUGACCCAAGGUCUUAAGUGCUUUAAUAUGUGGUACCUUAUCAGGGAGGAAAAGGCUUGUUACACACCCACAGAGGCACAUCACAUCCCCACUAAGGGACUGUUCGUUAUUUAUUGUCGGGGUCACCGGAGGAAAAUAGGGGAGGGUCCUGACAUUUUAUUUCUUUGUAGAGUAGAGGGCCAACCUUUUUUUUUCAAAAUGUUUGGCCCAUUGAUUUAAAAAAAAAAAAAAGACAUUCCGAAGUACCUUGUUUGAAUAUGUUUAGAUGUAACAUAAUCCUCAGAAAUGCCUCCUCCUUUUGCUAAAAUUGAUCAGACCAUCAGAGCUCCCUGAUGUUUGUUUCGUUGUGUAAAGAACAUUCUACUGAAAUGGCCACUGCCUUCAUGAAGUAGGCCUAUAGUGAUCAAAGUCAAACAACAUUCAGUAAGCAGCAGCGUUGGUCAAUCAACGCAUGUCAAAAGAUAAAGUAGAGAAUUUAUGAAUCUUCUCUGUAGGAGAGGAGGGGUUUUUUUGUCGUGGGGAGGGUCGUCAGAGUUUUGAAGCUUGCUAGGGGAGGGUCAUGCAAAAUUUGACAACCAAGGGUGGAAAUCUUCUGAAGACCUUGACAAUUAAUAACGAACAGUCUCUAAUAUAGCAGAAGGGAGGGAGUAUGGAUGGUGCGAUAGUCAAUCCAGAGGGAUUAUACUGAUGAGAGGUUCCUAAAAGUGACAUAAACUGUAAACUGGAACCUAGGUGCUAUUUUUUUCUUUGCAAAUCCCCUACUUUGUUGUAUUUUUGUGUGCACAGAGAACCACAGGGUCCCCUGUAUGUACUCCAUAGUUUUUACACAAAAAAUGAUCUCAGUUUCCCUUUUUUUACACCCCUCCCCCUUCAUUUCAAAUCAUUUUUUCCACAGCUUUCAUGUGUCCUCUGUUUUUUAUAUAAAUAAAAAUAUAUUAAUAUAAAUAAAUAAGGAAUGCGUUUUGUUCCAAAUCCAUCCAUGCUCAUCCAGCCACACAGUCGCACACCCUUCUUUUUCCCUUUUUUUCUUUGUAAAUGUAUUAUUAUUUUCUGUAGAACAGUCCUGUAGCAGUGUAAUUAUUUUAAGGAGGCUUUUCACUUAAGUGUUUUUUUUAUUUGUAAGAAAAUAAAUAAAUACUAUGGUGCACAGAGA